CGCGGAACGCGCACACCGGUCAGUCCGUGUCCGUAACGUGGAUUAAGAGCAGUCGAAUCCAGAUCUAUCCAGAAAUUAAAUAUAAAUCAAAUAAACAUGAAUCAGUGCGUUUUCGUCCUUGUCGCCGCCUUCUUCCUCAUCGGUGUUUCCGGUCAAGGUCCAGUGAACCAGAAGUGCUUGGGAUGCAUCUGCGAAGCCAUCAGCGGAUGCAACGCCACCCAGAUCUGCGCCGGAGACGUCUGCGGACCGUUCAGAAUCACCUGGCCGUACUGGUCCGACGGCGGUAAGCCGACUUUGAACGGAGAAGCCAAGGAUUCGCCGACCGCCUACAAGAACUGCGCCACCGACAUCUACUGCUCCGCCUUGGCCGUCCAAGGAUACAUGGAGAAGUUCCAAAAGGAUUGCAACGGUGAUGCAAAGAUCGAUUGCGACGAUUACGCCGCCAUCCACACGUUGGGAGGAUACGGUUGCCAAGGAAACCUGCCGCAUAUUUACAACGAGAGGUACCAACAGUGCAAGAAACUGGUCAGCUGAGGAGGGACGACUCGAUUUUAGCGCACAACCAAAACCGGAUACAAUCUCUCUCCAAUAUUUAAUUUUUGUCGUCUUAAAAAAUGUACCAUUAAUUUAUUGAAAUUCUUUAUCAACUUUUGAACCAAGCCAAGAUUUUUAAUUACUAUUACGU